AUGUAUCGAGUUUACUAUACGGAGGAUCCCAAGUUGCCAUUGGCUGAGUGGAGCGUUAAGUUGGUUCAAGUGGACUCAGCCCUGAGCCAAUCCGAUUUCACCGGCAGUACCAGCACUCUGACGCUGCUGACUCAUUUGCGUUCAAAUGCUACCUAUCACAUCCGUGUCAGUGCUUCCAAUGUCAAGGGCGAUGGACCGAUUUCACCGCCGUACCCGGUCAUUGUUAGACCUGGAGCAUUACCUCCGCCAGUGAACUUCAAAGCCGUCUCAAAGUCGGCCCACGAGGUGUCUCUCCACUGGGACACUCCCGACACCCAACAACGCGAACCUCCUCUGGUGAAUUACGAGCUUCUUGUAACCCCACUGGAUGGGGAAGGGAACAUGGAGGCAACAUCACGACAAGUUUUCAUUGAACCCAGUUUAAACAGCUACUUGGUGACUGGUCUUCUGCCAAAUACGAAAUAUGAAUUUCGUCUAGCCGCAGUGUCCGAAACCGGUGCUGGCAUUCAAACCGACACCACCGCCAAAACGAAGGAAUAUGUCCCUGGACCUCCAAAUUUGGUGACUGUCGAGGCGACAGGAAGUGAUCGUUUGCGCAUCACUUGGACACCACCGAAGGAGUCGAUUUUACCCUCUCUUCUAGUCAACAUGGGACAAAGGGCGAAUGAACUUCGAAUCGCCUUUUACGACAUUGACAUUCGCACUACCGACUCUAAGCCAAAACUAGCUACAGAAUAUGACAAUGCAAAUCUGGAACCCGUGUCACCCGAGAGAGCCAAAGAAUUGGGCAUUAUGGCUGAGUUGAUUGAAGGUGAAGAGAAUGUGACGAAGCUCAAUUGGGACUCACCUGCAGGAAAACUGCUUGGCGGACUCUCCUACGAGGUGCGAGUGGCCACAAUGGACGAGUACCAGACAGGUGAAAGUGUUAUAGGGAGGAUUGAGCUUCCAGAUGACAUUCCUACUCUGCCCCCCUCUGGGGUCCGUAUCGAUACCACCUCGCCUCACCUUUACCUCCACUGGAAAGCUCCACCAUUGGAGGCCCGAAAUGGGCGUCUAGUAGCCUACGAAGUUGAAUGUUCCUGGGUUGACUCGUCUCAGGGUUUUACAGACUCCUGGCAGUCGAGAGCCGUUAAAAUUACUCCAGACAAUUCUCCACCACCGUCAACACUCUUUUGGCCACCGGGUCGAGUUUCUCUGUUCAACAUCUCUGCAUCAGCUGUCAUCUCAUCCAGAACUGUCUACCGAGGUCGCGUUCGUGCUUGGACUCCAGCCGAUGCAGGGCCUUGGUCUGAUUACGUUUCGUUGAGUCUAAAACACCUUGUGCCGAAGGAGCCAACUUCUGUGAAUGCAGUCUACAUGGAGGAGAAGGGUGUUCUCGUCACCUGGGCAAUGCCUGAGGGUUUCAUACAAACCUCCUAUCACCGUGAGAAUGCACGGAGUAAAACGGAGGCCAAAUCGCUCACCUAUCGACACUUUGAGGUGGAAUACGCCAAACAGGUGAACAUCGCACAGCCUAUACAGUGGAGUACUUUGAAAACUGCGGGACCACAAACAAGUAUUACGAUGCCCAUUUUCGAGAAUCCAGAAAAUUUUGUUAUUCGUGCGAGGGCAAUUGGAAUUGCCAACUUGCAUAGUGAAUGGUCAACUCCGAUUCUGGUUCGAAGAGCGCUUCCUACAGAUUUUAUAGCUGUUGGAAAUCUCAAAUGUCAAGCCAUCUCAGUAAACGGAAGCAACGCUGAGUUGGAACUUACCUGGAACUUUGUCGCACCACUCACUGCUCCACCUAUCAUCCACUACUUGGUCAAUUAUACUGGUGGAAGGGUCUACCUCAAUGCAGAUGGCCAUCGUAUCCGAGAGUCGCAGGGAGAACGUGAGCAAUCAUUACGAGCCCCUGAAGUUCCCUUCGGUAUUGUCGUACACCAUCUGAUCGGCCUGAACUUUAAUACUGCCUAUCAAAUCGACGUGCUUCCUGUUUUUAAACGUUCCAUGUCAUCUGGUGUCUUUGGUGAAGCAAAGUCUGUGUUUUGUCGUACGCUUUCCAAACCACCCCAAUUCGUCCCUACACCUCAGUUUCAUGCUUCAAUAAACGGAGGAACAGGUCUUAUAGUGGUUUUUCGCGCCGAUGAACAAAAUGGAACUGUGGCCACUUAUGAAAUUCUGGCUAGAGAGGCUGGUCCGGUUGGUAAAACUCAGGCCCCAGCUGUGCUUGCACAGUUUCCAGCUGUCACGCUGUUUAGACCACUUACCAAGAUGGUACGUGUGGUUCUAAAUGGAUCUGCUGGAGCAAGUUCAAAUAGGGGAAGUGGAAUCUUCUUUGCACCGUCACUUAUGCCUGGCCAGGCAUACCAGGUUGCCGUUAGGACAUGUGUUGAGGCCGUUCUUCGGUCUACUAUUACCAUGACAACUGUAGAAUUGCAGUUGCCCUCUAAGAAUUUCACAAAGGGUCACGAUGCCAUCACUUCAGAGUUUGAUCUCAUCAAAGGUCGGAGUGUGGGCGGAACUGCUUUCUGCAGCACAAGCAGUUGGUCGGGUACGGAACCGAUAAAUUCGAGUCCAAAAAGAGUGAGCCAAAUAACCUCUCAGAUUCGAUACGACAGUGAGGAAGAUGAUCCAUUAUGGCCUCCGAUCGUAAAGGAGAAUAUAAGUGCCGUUGCGACUUCUUCACAGACGCCAUUUAAUGAUGCUGCUACUAUCCCACGUUUGGGAGAGCAGGAAUUCAGCUCUACGGAAGUCUACUUCCCUUCCGCCAAUGGGAAUGUUCAUGUGGCACAGCCGAUCUCACGCACCACAUCUGUCCUCAGGGCUGGUUCUUCACAUAGCGAUCGAAUUCAGAUAAUUGUUGCUGCUCUCUCUAUUGUCGUCGGGGUCUGCAUCCUCGCCUUCGUCUGCUUUCUCAUAAUCCGACACUUCCAGCAUCGUGGAGGUCAUUCUCACCAUCAACAUAACCAUCAUGGUGGAAAAUUUGGUGGAAACGCCAACACCAUAAAGCCACUGGAUGCUGCUCAAAUGAAAUCAAAUCACAAAGGAAUUUCAAACUUUUCUUCUGCUACUGCUCCUCUCCUCCGUUACGAGCCUUUGAUGUCGGGUCAAGGAAUGCGCUCACCCGAUGGCCUUUCAUUACACUCGGAACUGCUGGGUAAUGCAUCACUUGGCCGAUUUGGUGUCGCUGGGGGCGGCGGCGGUUGUGGCGAAAGUGCGGCAGUGAUGUCAGUAGGCAGCAAUUGUGUUUGUUCAACACCAACGGUAACUGGAACGGCAGUUUCCUUGGAAAUGCUGUCAACGGGAUUAGGUGUACGGCAGCCACCUCCGCCCUACUUCAUGAACCCACCGCCUCCCCUUAUACCCGAUAUGUUGAAUGACCAAGUGACAUCACAGCCAGUGCCACUGGAAGACUUGGCCUCUCAUGUCGAACAACUGAAGCAGAAUCAGGGUCUUCUUCUCUCUGCGGAAUUCGAGUCCAUUGAUCCGGGAGGUCAAUUCACUUGGGAGCAUUCAAGUCGGCCCGCAAAUCGACCCAAAAAUCGAUAUGCCAAUGUAGUCACCUACGAUCAUUCUCGUGUCGUUUUAAGUCGGAUAGACGGGGACUUAGAAAGCGAUUACAUCAAUGCAAACUUCCUUGAUGGCUACAACCGGAAAAGAGCUUACAUAGCUACCCAGGGACCACUUCCAAAUACCGUUUGUGACUUUUGGCGAAUGGUAUGGGAGCAGCGCUCGACCACAAUCGUAGCGAUGACUCGACUGGAGGAGAGAGAGAGGAUCAAGUGUGAACAGUACUGGCCGUCCAGUGGUCUUCCGGCCAGCGCUCGACUCAGCCCAACGAAAAGCAUCGAUUGGCUCUCACCAAGGGCAACUAUGCUAACGGCCUCGGAGAGUGCUCAGACUAUUACCACAGCUUCUGCUUCGCCAAUAGCAACCACAACCUAUGGACAGAUUACUGUCAGUUUGAUGGAUGCUAUGGAGUUGGCGUAUUACACUGUGAGGACAUUCACAGUCCAGAAAAGUGGGUGUCGUGAGAAGCGUGAAAUUCGUCACCUACAAUUCACCGCAUGGCCAGAUCACGGAGUUCCCAAUCAUCCCGCACCACUACUCAUGUUCCUGCGCAGAGUGAAUGCAGAAUUUGUUCCUGAUGUUGGACCAGUCAUCGUUCACUGUUCAGCUGGAGUGGGACGCACAGGUGCCUACAUAGUGUUGGACAUUCUCCUCCAACAGAUGCACCACGAGAACUCAGUCAAUGUCCUGGCUGUGGUAACACAGCUUCGUAGUCAACGUAACUUUGUGGUUCAAACCAAGGAGCAGUACGCUUUCAUCUACGAGGCCCUGCUAGAGGCCGGGUUGAGUGGAAAUACCGAGCUCUCGGCACGUCAGUUACGUGAUCACUGGCACAAAUUGAUAGUGCCCUGCUGUACUGAGGAAACAAUUACAACACCAUCACCGGAGUCCAGUCAUGAUCCCCUUGCUAAUACAGGUCUGGCCUUGGAGUUCGGUCAAUUGGUUAAUCAGACAGUUGGACCGAUUGCGGGGUUGGUUGCGCAUCAUUCUCCAGGCGGACUGCUGGCGUGUUCUGAGGAUUUUGGAGAUUCAUCAGCCGAUGUUCUGAGUGGCGCCUUGCCGGUUAACAUACCAAAAAAUAGGCGCGGCACCGAUUUCAUUCCCUACGAGAGCAACCGAGUAAAAUUAUCGUCGAUAAGGGGAGUUGAAGGUUCCGACUACAUCAACGCCUCCUACGUCGACAGCUAUCGAGUGAGAUCAUCGUUCAUCGCUACACAGACACCACUUAUGCCGUUCGUGGAAGAUUUUUGGCGAAUGAUCUGGGAGUCAGGCUCUUCUAUAAUAGUUCAACUAGAUUCUUACGAAUUUGAUAAAGAGGUCAUCGAUAUUUCAGAGAGUCUACUCAUAACUAACACAGAAUUCUCGAUGCUUUUGUUCCAGCCACCCUACUGGCCAAUGGAAGAGGCAGCAAGGUACGGAUUUUUAGUGGCAGAGGCCCUGGCCUCUUACGAUAUGACGGCUUACGUGCUACGGGAAUUCCGAUUAACAGAUGCCAAGAGCAGUCAGUCUCGAAUAAUUCGCCUUUUUGAAGCCUCUCAUCUUUCCCUCCUCAUUGGUCGGGCGAUAGCAUCCUCUCGACACAUAAACCAAUCCAGUGUGAGUGAUGUGACGCUGCCACCUUCACUG